AUGACUCCAGUAUACAAGUUUAAGUUCCAGGUGCGCGGAAAAGUGCAGGGUGUGUUCUUUCGCAAGUUUACUAAGCUCGAAGCCGAUAAGCUGGACAUAAAGGGGUUCGUUAGGAACGAAGAGGACGGCAGUGUAACGGGCGAAGGACAAACGACGGAUGAGUCAAAAAUGAACCUGUUCAAGGAGUUUUUGCAAAAGGUCGGGUCCCCGAACUCCGAAAUCAAAUCUUGUACAUUCACCGCCGAGAAGAAUGAGCCAAAUUACGACUACAAAGAGUUCACCAUCGAGCGCUGA